AUCCAGAGUCCGGAUCUUGGCUUGGAGGUCUGUGUACUGUCUUAUAACUCCCUGUGUGUUCCCUGUGCCUGUCCAGUGUCGACGUCGACUAUCGUCCGUAUUCCCAGCUUCAAUGUAGGGGGUGAAAUUUUCAUUGCUGCAACAAGUGUCAACUCAGCGGUUCCACACCUCCAACAGAGGGGAUAAAGAUGUGCACUGUUGGAUACAAUACCACCAUGGAGUUUAUUUAUGCUGAUUACAAUGCAACGACGCCCAUCGAUGAUAAAGUUCAGAAGCAUAUUAUUGAAUCAUUAAAAUGCCAUUGGGCGAAUUCCAGCUCUGGAUAUCAUUUGGGAGUUGAGGCGAAAUCAGCUAUAGAGCAAGCCAGAAGAGAAGUUGCUCAAGCUAUAAAUGCGCAAACUGAAGAUAUCAUUUUCACUUCAGGUGGAACAGAGUCUAGUAAUAUGGCUAUUCAAUCAGCGGUGAAAUUGUUUCUGAAGAAAUCAAGCAAAGACAAAGUGCACAUAAUCACCACCAAUGUUGAACACGUUGCUACUCUUAAUCCGUUGAAGCAGCUGAAAGAGGAGAACAAGGCAGAAGUAACUUAUGUUCCUGUUGAUCAAAAUGGAUACUUAUCAUCACAUGAUAUAAUUAAGGCAAUUGAAGAUAAUACAUGCUUGAUCACGAUAAUGCUUGCUAACAAUGAAACUGGAGUGAUAUUUCCCAUAUCAGAUAUAGCUAGAGAACUAGAAAAAAUGAAUGAAAUGAGACGGGUGAAAGGUCUACAAAAAGUGUUAUUUCAUUCAGACGCUGCACAAGCAAUUGGAAAAAUUUUGGUGGAUGUGAAAGACUUGGGAAUUGAUUAUUUAACAAUUGCCGGGCAUAAAUUUUAUGGACCUAAAGUAGGAGCUCUUUAUGUAAAGGGCAUUGGUGGAAGCACAGCCGCCCCCAUUCAACCUGUCAUCUACGGAGGGGGCCAAGAGAGAGGUUUCAGGCCUGGAACUGAAAACACUCCAAUGAUAGUGGGCUUAGGUAAAGCAGCCGCCCUUGUCAACGAAAACAUCGGAGUUUACAAAAAUCACUUGCAACAGAUAAGGGACUAUUUUGAGAAUAAACUGUCUGACGAGUGCGACAUAACGAUAAACUGCAAAUCAUCCCCGAGGCUUCCAAAUACAUCCAACAUCUCUUUCUGCAUUAAUGGAAAAGAAACUGAUUUUUCUGGAGCUAAGCUAUUGGAGACUUGCAAGCGGAUAAUAGCUAGCACUACGGCAGCAUGCCACUCCCACACUGAAGAACCAUCAGAAGUCCUUCUUGCAUCAGGCGUACCAAGGAACUUGGCUACGACAGCCGUGCGAUUCAGCUUCGGAAGAGAAACAACAAGAGCCUGCAUCGAUAUCAUAAUCAAGGACCUAACAACUGCAAUAAAUACACUUAUGACAAACAAUAAAUAAUGAUAGUUUUGGAAAUUUAUUUAAAUAUAAAUAGAACAUCGAUUAAGGAAUCAAUGGAAUAAUAUGUACAGGUAGCUGAUGAACAGAAUAUGCAUCACUGUAACCCCUUGCCUUUGACAUUGAUAACUAAUGGUUGUGAAGUAAUUUAUUUUUAAUAUUAAUUAUAUUGGAAACUUCUAUGGAUUCGUUAAGAUUAUGGAUGCCUAAAUCAAAGGUUUUAUACAGUGUAUAUUUUGUUGAUAUUUUUCAUACAUUAUGAUCUAUGAAUAAACAAUUUGAAUAAAUUAGUAGACUUGAUUACUUUAUUAUUUUAUGGUUAUAUUUAUAAUUGAAAAUAUUAAUGAUUUAUUCGACAUAGUUUUAAUGUUGAAGGAAGCUUUACGCACACUGAUGUAGUAGGAUGAAUGCUGAACGCGGGACGACAAGCGACGCGGGACAGUUUUGAAGAAGUUGUUAAAUGGUUGAAAUUUGCCGCUCCCAUUGUCUUGUGUUCCGCACUCAUCCCGCAUCGGUGUGCGAAAGGCUCAAAGUAAGCAUCACAACUAAGAAAAUUGCAAUCUGUAGGUGCUCAAUCAAUAAAUAAUAGAACAGUUAAAGU